AUGGUGGCUUUUAAUACUCCAGUCUGGAGAUACGCCAUGAAACAGUUCAAGUACGUUUCAGCAGGGAACAUCGAGGGAUGGGCAGACCUUGUUGCAGACUGUGUCUUCAGAGGGUUGGACAUCCAUCAACAGCUUCGAUCCGACACCGACUUCAGCGCUUUGAAAGAUAGACUGUUUUACAACUGGGACACUGACGAGAUAUUGGAAAAUGUGCAUCGAUGGCUAGAUAUUGUGGAGCAAGCUGGUGUCAGCAUUAAGGAAUAUCUCAUGGUCGAGACUGGAAUGACAAGAAAGUCGGCUCCUCGAACUACAGACGCGUUCUUCCAGGACGAGUGCCCUGUUAGGGAACUAUUGACGGAGCACGAACACUUUGCUACGCCACUCACGUUGUACCCAGCAGGCUCGACAAAAGCAUACAUUGCGCAGCAUGAAGCUUGGAAAGAACACCAGACCUUAGGGGCUCCAGACGGAUCUGAUAGACAUCGAAAAGGGUGGCCUUUUUGGCUACCUCUUCGUCACUACAACGACUAUAGUGCGGAGGAGACGGAAUGGGUGGAUCGGGAAUUGCAAAUGGCCCAAAAACAGUGUGACAGAAACCAAAAGCGUAAGGAAAGGAAGAUUGAGCUUCAUAGGCAAAAACAGCGCGUGUUAAUGCCGGGGACUUGGGUAAAAGAUGUUUGA